GUCCUGUCACCCCGACCUUGGCCCUGGUCCCCUGCACAGGAAGUGGGCUCGCCCUGGGGUUUCAGUCUUCGCUGCUACCUGGGCUGCGAGCGGACAUGGCCACGGAGCCGGCAGCAGGGAGGCCCGGAGAGAGCGCGCCAGCACGGCCCCAUGUCCCAGCCAGCUCCACCCUGCAGCUGUAAUGGCGGCCCCAGCUCCAUCCUGGUGUCUGUCCCUGCUCAUGCUCCUCCUGACUCUGACUACAGCCCUGGAGCCCCCAGCAGUGAAAGGCCGUUCCCAGCUCACGUGCUUCUACAACUCCAGAGCCAACGUCUCCUGCAUGUGGAGUCCCCAGGAGGGCCUGCCCGCCACAGCCUGCCGCAUCCACGCCCGGUCGGACGUACGGCCCUGGAAUGUGACCUGCCAGAUGCUUCCGGUGAAUGGGGCUUCCUCGGCCUGCAACCUGAUCCUUGGAGAUCCAGAUUCCCAGAGGCUGACGGCUGCCGACCGCGUCAACGUCAGCCUGGUGUGCUGGGAAGGCCAGCAGUGGCGGAUGGUGGUGACCCAGACCUUCAGGCCCUUCGACAAUCUCCGCCUGAAGACCCCCCACGCCCUCCAGGUCGGCUCCGUGGACAGCCGCACGUGCAACGUCACCUGGCGCGUCUCUCAGAUCUCACACUACAUCCAGCAAGACUUGGAGUUUGAGGUCCGGAAGCGGUCUCAGGCCCACAGCUGGGAGGAAGCCUCCGUGCUGAGCCUGAAGCAGAGGCAGCAGUGGAUCUCCCUGGAGACGCUCAUCCCAGACACGGCCUACGAGCUUCAAGUGCGGGUCAGGCCCCAGCGGGGCCACCACACCGUCUGGAGCCCCUGGAGCCAGACCCUGGCUUUCCGCACAAAACCCGAGCAUGUGGCCCCUGCGCCCUGGACCAGCGCCGUCCUGACGGUCGGAGGCCUUCUGGGCCUCUUCAUCUCCGUCUACUUCCUGGCCAACUGCCUGCACCUUGGGCCAUGGCUGAAGACAGCGUUGAGGAGCCACACCCCGGACCCCUCCAAGUUCUUCUCCCGGCAUGAAGACGUCCAGAAAUGGCUGUCCUCGCCCUUCCCGGCGUCAUCCUUCAGCCCUGCUGGCCUGGCCCCAGAGAUCUCCCCACUGGAGGUGCUGGACAGGGACGCCAAGGCCACGCGGCUGCUGCUGCUACCGCAGGACAAGGUGUCCUCGCCCUCGCCCAGUGGCCACGCGCAGACCAGCUGCUUCACCAACCAGGGCUAUUUCUUCUUCCAACUCCCCGACGCCCUGGAGAUCGAGGCGUGCCAGGUGUACUUUACCUGCGACCCCGGGGUGGAGGGGGAGCCUGAGGAGCUGCCCCCACCGGGACCUCCCUUCCUGCCCCUGCCACCCGCGUUCGGGGACGAACAUGCCUACUGCACGUUCCCCCCGGGGGAUGACCUGCUCCUCUUCUCCCCCAGCGGCCCAAGCCCUCCACACACUGCCCUUGGGGGCAGGGGGACCAGCGAAGGGAGGCUGUCUUCCACCCAGCAGGAGGGACACCCCCAAGAUGGGGAUCCACAGCCCCUAGGGCCUCCUACACCAGCAACCCCAGAACUACAGGCUUUGCAGUCCCUCGUGGAGCUGGCAGUGGGUGAGGCUGGGGAGGAGGUCUGUGCCUCCAGCCCCGAGGAUGGGGACAGCUCCCCCUGGACCAGCGCUAAUGAUCAACACCAGGGCAGGGCCCCUGCUGCUGGCCUUGCCCUGAACACAGAUGCCUAUCUGUCCCUCCAAGAACUCCAGGCUCAGGACCCUACUCACCUGGUGUAGACGGGCCCUGGGCCUAGGGAGUAGAAGAUGCUUCCCUGGACACGCCCACCCAGAGACCCCUCCCAGCCCUGCAGUCAGCGGUCUACUGCCAGCCAGACACCACUUGCUGCUCGGGGUCUCUGGGAAGGCUUGAGGGUAUAGACCUCUCCUCUCUCUUUAAUUACCGAGUCCCCUGAAGCUUGUAAUCCUAGCUACUCAGGAGACUGAG